AUGGAACCACUUCGUAAUGAAGGCACAGACUUGCCGUUAUCAUUCAAUACCACGAUGGAAGACGUACUUAAUUAUCAGAAAUCUCAAAUACAAACAUUUCUGCGAGUAAAUCACAUAAAAGUGAGUGGCAACAAGCUGGAACUUGCCCAACGUGUAGUGAAGGCUAUAAAAGAUCGUUCGUGCACGACGCCCAGUCAAAUACCCCCACAUCAAUCAUGUCAAACUUCAGAUGUACCUGUACCAGAUAUAAAGGACCUGCAUUCAGGUUGGGCAGGUAAAUCGGAUAUGUUUCCCAACAUUAAAAUUCAAGAUGUGGAGAAUUAUUUGAUCCACAGUAGCCACAGGACUGUCGAUGCAAAGAAAAUGCAGUGCUAUAGACAAUAUAUUAGAGGAUUAAAUUUUUUCAAAGAGGGCUACAUACAUAAAAUUAUGAUGAAUGAGAUAAAUCCUGACAGUGAGUAUUGCUAUAUACGAUCAAAAUGCUAUCCUUCAAUGAAGCAGGGUGUGUAUGAGCAGUGGAUCCUAAUGACAAAGAAACCCCCUUUUCACGUCCAGAAAGCAAGUUGCACGUGCCCAGCAGGCCUUGGUGAAGGAUGUACCCAUGUUGCUGGACUGUUGUUUGCCCUGGAAGGACGCCCUGUGACAGACGAUGAUGUUCCAUGCACUUCAAAGCCUUGUGAGUGGAAUCGACCCAGCAAAAGAAAGAAAGAUACUAAACCUGUGCAAGACAUGAGUUUCAAGAAGAUCAAAUUAUCUGGAGAAAAUGUGCAAGCCCUGAUGGCUUAG